UGGCCCUGGGGCUGAACGACAUAUAUACACACACAUACACACGCACACACACACACACACACACACACACACACACACAUACCAUGGCAGCUACCCACAGCGAGUACAGAGGCUACCUGAGGAACACCGUCGACAUGGAGGCAGGGCAGCACCGCUUCCACCCGGUGCAGAGCUCGGAGUCCACGUACCGACCUCUCCUGUUCGGGACCCUGGCUGUUAUGGGAUUGCUUCAGGUGGCCUCCAGCGUGGCGAUCUUAUUGCACCUGACUGGUUACCUGCAGGAGGUAGAUUUGACCACAGCUCCACACCGGCCAAUAGAGGAAGUACAGACGGAGCCGGUGCUGAACGCACUGAGAGACACGAGGAAAAAAGGACGAAACUGCAAAACUUCCAAAGAGAACCUGCCAUCAGCUCAUCUCCCAAUUGGAGAGACCAAGGAGUACUCAAAGAAAGGUUUAACGAAGGCCAUCACUAUCGACUGGGACGAGAUUCACGGAUACCGCCACAGAAUGGGCUACCAGAAGGGGAAGCUGCUGGUGAUGGAGUCGGGUUUCUACUACAUUUACGCCAAGACCUGCUUCCGCUACUACAGACCGGAGGAAAGCAGUCCGGCCGGCCUCCCACCGGGGGACGCUAGCAACACCCAGCUCAUCCAGUACAUCUACCACGAGAGCAUCAAACAGAACAGCAAGUCCGUGGUGCUGAUGAAGACGGGCAGCACCAUGCGCUUGAACAUCACCACCUAUAACAUGUACUGCGCCCAGCAGGGCCGAGGGGUCCGGCUGGAUGAGGGGGACGCCCUCUACGUCAACGUGUCCAACGCGUGGAUGCUGGACCCGGAGGGAGAAGGGACGUAUUUCGGGGCCAUAAAGUUGGGUAACUGAAAAAUGAACGACGUGGGGAGCGGACAUGCUACUGAACAUUUGAUACGCCAAAGAACCACUGUUAGCGAUUUAUAAUGUUGACUUUGUUUUGUAUUGUUCAUGUGUUGUUUUUUUUUACGUUGCUCUUCACCAAAUAGCCAAGUCUUUUAUGAGAAAAAUGGAAACGGUAAAGGUCGUCACCUUUUUAAAAACUUAAUUCGUCUUGCUUCUGGUUAUAUUAGUAUUAGUAUUCUGGUUUUUUUAAAGUAUUUUGGUUGGUAUUGAGAAAUGUCAAUACAUUUCAGUUCAUAUUACAACAUUUAGACUUAAGCACAGACAUGUGUUGCACUAAUUAAACCAAUCGCAAGGGAGCAACUGAGGAAGUAGGUUUGUUGGCAAGAAGAAAAAGAGGGGAUUUAUCAAUGUUGAUUGUUGGGGGGGGGGGGAUGUCCAAAAAGAGCGUUGUUGCUGAUGCAGCAUCUGCUUGUACUUUGCAGAUUAUCACAGAAUAAAAAUAACUCCCAGGUCUGCCUCUGACCCCCGGCAGUGAAUGCACAAAUAUUUUUUCUGAAAGGGUUGCGAGUGUGAGCGAGGCAGGCAAUGAGGCGUUCUCACAGUAAAUAACUCAACGGUGUAAUUCGGAAUAGGCAGUUAGAUGGUGAGUUAUAUCACCCUCUACAUCUCUAAAGAUUCACUUUGACUCAGACGUUGUUUCUUUAAGCAACAAAAGAAGUUUGAAAAGAAGGUCGUGUGUGUGUGUGUGCUCCAAAAACCCAACUUGCAUUCCAGUUUUCUGUCUUAAAAGAAAUCUGAGAAUGGCCUGCUUCAUUGAAGGCAAUUACGCGACAAUGUCAUUUUUAAACCAAGGAGGGAAUGACAUCUGUUUAUGUUUAUGACGAUCAAAAAAAACAAAACGAUGCAGAUAGCUGGACUGUCUGACCAUAAAUUACACGAAUAGACUUGUCUUCUUUAACUAGAGGAACCAAAUUGAGUUUGGUUCAUCUUUUAACUUAAAUUUUGUUUUUCAUUUGGCUCUUCAGUGAGGUAAAUGGGAAUAUGCACUAAAUAUUUAUUUAUUAGCUAUAGAAGUACAGAGACGGGUCAUUGUUAAAGUGACCUUUCGACUGUUAAAAAAUCAUUUAUAUUUUAUGUCUGUACGACAUUCAUUAUGCAGCACUUAGAGGAAAUAGUAGACACGCUUUUUGUUAUUAAAACACAGGGGCUUCAUUUUAAAUUCCAUAUUUAUGUAUAUUGAUUUUGACAAUUCUGUGUGCACUUGCCUAGCCAAAAGCAAUAUGGAUAUGUUGUUUCUUCUACAAGAUUGUAGCAUACCUGUAAGAUCUUCAUCUGACUUCAUCUGAUAGAUUGUUUUUUCCAUUCAGUGUUUUUUUUUUAUUUAUGUCUGUGUAUGUUUAAAUAAAAAAAACUACUUUUGUAA